UGAUUUGUAGUAUUAUUAACGAUGGAGUUCCCUAUGAAGUCAUACCAUAUGGUGCAAUAUUAUAAGCAUGCGGAUUCGAAUCCCCGUGUCUUUAUUGCUCCUAGUAAGUAUAUCCAAGGACCUGGAGUCAUUAAUUACCUCGGAGAUUAUGUUUGUUCAAUUUCUCCUUUAAGCAAGGAGAGAGCAUGUAUUAUCCUGAUUUCUGAAGGCGGAAUCAAGCGAUUUGGAGAAAAGAUUGAGAACUCGAUGAAGAAAGCUAAUGUGAAAUAUUCCUUUAUUCCCAUUGGCCGUCAAUGCAGUUAUGAUGAAAUCGAGCGUGUAUGUACUCUUGUGAAGGGAAUGGAUCGAUGUGACUUUAUCAUUUCUGUGGGUGGAGGCAAAGCUGUGGAUCUUGGAAAGGGUGUGGCUACUACUUUGUGCCUUCCUGUGAUACUCGUCCCAACUCUUGCUUCAAAUGAUGCGCCUACUGCGUCUCUCUCUGUGAUGUACGACGAACACACCGAUGAGCGUCAGGGAGCUUAUUUCAACUACAAAAAUCCUGAUAUGGUUGUCAUGGACACAGAGAUUAUCGCCAACUCUCCCGCUCGUUAUCUGGUUGCUGGAAUGGGCGAUGCUCUUGCUACAUUCGUCGAGGCUCGCUGUGCGCGUGAGAAUCCAAAUGGAGAGUCAUCUGUUCGCGUUCGCCCGACAUUGGCUGCUGCUGCGAUUGCUGAAGCCUGCACAAAGACGAUAUUAGCAGAGGGACUGAAAGCCAUUGAGAUAUCCUUCACAGUACAAUGA